AUGAGGGAGAGGACGAAAGUGAAUGCGAUGAGAUCGGGAGUCGUGGUGCUUGGAGCACUGGCAUUUGGGUACCUUACGCUACAGCUUGGGUUCAGGCCCUUCCUUGAAAGAGCUCAACUUGCUGUUGAUGAGUCUGAGCCGCCAUCUUCCUCCUCCUCAGAACAACGGCUUAACUCAAGCUCAACCCGCCACUUCUAA